AUGUCUCCGCCGCCGCUGCCCACGAAGUCCGUUCACGAACCACUAGCGGUGGAAAACGGGGCGCCCCUUCACCCUGCACGACCCUCUGGCCCCACACAGACCGACUACCCCGCGUAUGACGAUGACGAUGAUGAGGCGGUGCCUCUGCGUCGGGCAAGACCGGUGCUGGACGAUGAGGAGAACGCUUUGGGAGACACAGCGUACGCCCGGGACCCGCGCUUCGACCCGCCCGCGCCGUCGCCCUGGAAGCGGGCCGCGCUGCUGCUGAUAAUAGUCGCACUGUUUUACCUUGCGUUCCGGCUGAAGGGCGGGCGUAGGGGGUAA